CGUCAACCACGUUUCUCGUCUCUUUUUGUCCACAUAGUCAAGCGCGUGGCCGGAUUCCCAAAUUUAUUUCCUGACGCAAAGUUCGACUUGCAAUCAUGACGGGCCACGACCACCAUGAGCACGGCGCUCAUCCCGCGCACUUGAAGCACAGUCACGCACAUGAGGAGGACAUCCCAGGCACUGUCAACCUGCGAGCACAAGAGGGCGAUGAUACAGGAUACGGACAGGCUUUGUUCCCCGUACCCGCCGACGACCCCAAUGAUCCUCUGCAAUGGCCCAAUUGGAAGAAGACUAUGAUCUUGUGCAUUUGCGCGGCAUAUUCAUUCUUGGGCAAUUCCUCGCUACUUGGACCUUCCGUCUACAUUGGCAUUUACGCAGAAUCUUUCGGGAUUUCGCCUACCGCGGCUUCUGGCUUGAUCUCGUAUCCUAAUCUGGCUUAUGGGUUCGGAUCUCUGCUCUUGGUUCCUGCCUAUCUCAAAUUCGGUCGUAGGCCGGUCAUGCUCUUUUCAAUUGUUGCGUUCGCCGUUGGUUUGAUUGGCGCUUCUCAAUGCAACUCAUUCGCGACACUCAUGGUCUGCCGAGUCAUCCAUGCGUUCGGAUCAGGCGUCUGCGAAGCACUACCCGUCCAACUGGUCAACGAUAUCUUCUUCUUGCACGAGCGUGGUCAACGAUUGGGAUACUACACUGUCUGUUUGUGUCUCGGAGCUACGGGACCCCUCUACGCUGGAUACAUGCUUGCUGGCGGAUACUCCUGGAGACUCUUCUUCUACGUCGAGUUUGCCUUUGCAUGCGUCUUAUUCAUCCUGGCUUUCUUCUUCGUCGAAGAGACGUGGUACAAGCGCGAUGAGAUGAAAGCGAGACUUGGUGCCGCGGUCGAGACAUCCCCUGGGGAGAAGGCUGUCGACUCUGAUAUGCGUGAAGUUGCGCCAGCGUUGCCCGAGCGAAAGACCUUCUCCCAGACUCUUAAGCCUUGGGGUGUCUACGACAAGGAGGCGCCGUUCUUCAUGACCAUGCUGAGAUCGUUCACGUACUUCGCCGUGCCGUCGGUUUUCUGGGUCGUCGCAACUUACGGUAUCUAUAUUGGCCUCGGUGCCUUGGCCUUCAACUACACGUUCCCACUCAAGAUCACGGCACCACCUUACAACUGGUCCGAGACGAAUUCUGGUUUGAUCGCUGUGGGCAACGCCGCCGGCUACAUUCUUGCCAUUCCAUUCACCACUUCCUCCGAUCGCCUUGCUGCCUACUUGACCAAGAAGAAUGGUGGCAUCCGCGAGGCUGAGAUGCGCCUUGGUGUUCUCUUGCCUGCGAUGUUGAUUGGUCCAGCCGGCCUCAUCGUGUACGGCUAUACGGCUCAGGACAAUCUACACUGGUUCGGCUACUUCGCAGGUGUGGCCAUGGUCAACUGGUCGGCGUACUUCUACUUCACCUUCAGCCUUGCAUACGCGGUCGACAGCUACACGGUCAAUCUGUCCGAGAUGCUUAUUGCCAUGAAUCUAGGCAAGCAGGCAAUAUCCUUUGCCAUGGGCUUCAAGUUGCUCACCUGGAUUCUUGAGAAUGGCUAUGUGAACGUCAUUGCAGGUAUCUUCUGUGGCGUACUCGCGGCCAACGACUUGGCGCUGUUGAUCUUCAUGUUCUUCGGCAAGAAGAUUCGCAUUGCCACGAGCAAGACGUGGUUGGCGAAGAUGCACAAGCGAACACACGUCAGUGGCGAGUCGCAUUAAAAUGCCCGAGCAUGGGAGAUGGAGUGGUUGUCAGAGGGUCCUGACCUUUGGUCUUCACUGGUCUGGGCUGCGAGGACAUUGUGAUUGAAUAUCUUGCUCGGUAUACCUGCAUUAACUGUCAGGGGCUCUCUCAUUGCAGUGCAUGGCCAUGUCACUGCCUGUGAGAGUGAAGCAAGCGUGGACUGAAAACAUGGUGAAGUGACUGCUAUUGUGUUUGUCGCAACUUCAUUUGCCAGUUUGUUGAUACCUUUACCAUUUUCAACAAAGCUUCCACAAACCAAAGCUUUCCAUUUGAUCUCAAUCUGUCCCGCACGCGCC